AUGUCCUCACAAGCACGUAUUGAAAUCUUAGCGGAUGCCUGGAACCCGGGCCCAGGGAAAGCAGCCAUCCUCUAUCUGCAGUUGCGGGUGGUGGACGACGAGGCAAGGUUCUUUUCUCAUGUCAGCCUGCCUUCGUCGAUAGGGUUCCUGUGUUCCGCCACCUACUAUGCUCAAGCAAGAGCGGCCUUUCGCAUGGAUACCUCGGGCGCCCUCGGACUGUUGUCCAUUCGCCAACGCGAACUUCUGGCCGACCUCGCGCGGGCGUUGGAGAUGUACGCUCAACCCACGGCGCUCCCCAGCACCUCCGUAAGCGACUGGGAUACCUUCUUCGCGCGGCUGUCGGAUUCCGCGGCAACUCAUCGGGAGCACCUCCGGGGGGACGUCGAACACACAGAGGCACUACAGAUGCUGUCACAAUGGGUCAGGGAACGUCAUCCUGACUGGUUUGCUGAGCUUUAA